AUGUCUUCAAGCAAAGCAUUUAAAAGCCACUACGAACAGGACGAGCGUUGGACCGCCGUCGAUGAGUACACCAAUGGGCAUCUCCAUAAUCCCGAUACUCAUGGCAAUUCAAAGGUAUUAUCGGAAGCGCUUUCGAACUCAAUUGACAAGGGAUUGCCAGAUAUCUCUACUUUCCCAUCAUAUGGCAAGCUCCUUGCUUUGCAGGCUAAACUUGCUGGUGCAGACUAUGCCCUUGAAGUUGGAACUCUUGGUGGAUACACAUCUAUCUGGUUAGCUACAGAAAACCCCAAUAUCAAGAUCGUGACUCUGGAAGUCAAUCAGCACCAUGCUGACGUGGCAUUAGAGAAUUUGCGAAGAGCUGGUGUGGCCGACAGAGUCGAAAUAAUUGUUGGCCCAGCUUUGGAAACUCUGCCCAAACUUGCAGAAGAGAUUGCAGCAGGCAAGAGACAGAAGUUCGGUUUCACCUUCAUUGAUGCUGACAAGACCAACAACUGGAACUAUUUUGACUGGGCAGUCAAGAUCAGCAGGUCCCGUGCUGUGAUUGUUGUUGAUAAUGUGGUCAGAAACGGCACGAUUGUUGCCAAAGAGAAACUCAACGAUCCCAAUGUCAGCGGUGCAAGAAACGUCAUAGAACGAGUGGGUAAAGACAACCGCGUUGAUGCUGUUGUGCAACAAACAGUGGGAGAAAAGAAUUACGAUGGGUUUUUACUUGCCAUUGUUAAAUAA